CAACUUUCUGCCCGGUCGCAAAGACCCCCGCAGGUUUGCGUAAUGUUUUUACGUAAGGGAGGCUGCGGGGUUACGUCAGCGUCAGGGUGACAGGCAUGAGGCGCAUACUCAGUGCGAAUUUAUUGAGGUAUUUUAGCUUAUUUGGGAGCAAUCCUCCGUGUCGUGUCCCUCUGACGGCGGGUCAACAGGCCGCUUUUGCACCGCACCUCUGCAGGAAAUCGACGACUCGCGGCCCGAGCAUGGACCUGAGUGACAUGAGGAAGAAGUACAAAGGAGACGAGGAGUGCUUCGAGGAGAGCCAGCUCGUGUCUCUGGACCCAAUCAAGCAGUUCGGAAACUGGUUUGAUCAAGCCACGAAGUGCCCCGAAAUCGGAGAGGCCAACGCCAUGUGCAUCGCCACCGCCUCCAGUGACGGGCGCCCGUCCGCUCGCAUGGUCCUGCUGAAGGGUUACGGCAACGAAGGUUUCCGGUUCUUUACGAACUACGAGAGCAGAAAGGGUUCCGAGCUGGAGAACAAUCCAUACGCAUGCCUGGUCUUCUACUGGGAACCCCUGAACAGACAGAUUCGCAUUGAGGGCAACGUGGAGCGGAUCCCCUACCAGAGCUCCUGUGAAUACUUCCACUCCCGGCCGAAGAGCAGCCAGAUCGGGGCUGUUGUGAGUCGACAGAGCACUCCCGUUCCUAACAGAGAUUAUCUAAGGCAGAAAAAUGCAGAGCUGGAGACGAAGUACAAGGAAGCAGAGGUGCCCAUGCCUGACUACUGGGGCGGCUACAUCGUCAAGCCGUACCUGAUCGAGUUCUGGCAGGGCCAGACCAACCGGCUUCACGACCGCAUCGUCUUCACCAAACCCCGGGACGGAGAGUCUGAGCCGGGGGAGUUUCAGCACGCUGCAGAGGGAGGCUGGGUGUACCAGCGACUGUCUCCAUGAGAAGCACCCCAGCAGGGCCGUCGUAUGCAGGAAGGGACGGAAACGUCAUCUGGAAUAUGACCUUUUCAUUGAUUACAAAAAAAUCGCCAUCUUUACCUCGUGUUGUCUUUGAACCCGACCGUGACAAGUUCUUGACGUCAGCACACAUUUUCAGUGGUAGCCAUGGAUCCGAGCGGUGCCACGCAACCUGACUGCACUGUACAAGUUUACAUUUUCCGCGCAUUACGAAAUGAAAGGACUGCUGGGCGCUGUGUGGGAGGCGCAGCGACUGACACGGGAGAGCAAACUCCACGUGCUUUUGUUAAACAAUGAUCGACAGCGACGCUGGUUACUCAGCAGAGUCGGCGUCGACCUUUAGGACCGGGACACUAAACCAAUAUCUCUAAAAGCACAGUCUGUAACACUGCCUCUCCGCCUGCCGGCGGUUCUCCGACACGAUUGUUCUCCAUUGACGCUACUCCAUUCGGUCCAUUUUCAGUGUUGAAAUAACUGGUAACACCUUAUUUCAUAGGUUGGUAAUUUCCUAAUAGUCCCCAAGAACUAGUCAACUACAGGUGCAGUCGUACAAAGAAUCGAUCAAUUUAAAACCAAAUGCAUACACUCAGUGGCCGCUUUAUCAGGUACACCUGUACAAUCCCAGAGAGUCCGUUACACCUGCUCUGCUAAUGAAGUCUGCCUCCGUCAUGUGCACGGUUGUGUAGGCUUUCAAUUACAGGUUUUAUCACCGAGGUCACAGUCAGUGGGUUGUGCUGGGCUGCAUUAUAUUCAGAGGUGUCCCUAAUAUUUUGCCCCACGCACAUA